CUGCUGCCUCCAUUUAAAGUUAGCGGCCACUUUCCUUUUUGCCAUCGGUCGGUAAACAGGAUUUUUUUUGGACGGGAUCUAGGUAAAGACAAACGACGGGAGCGGCGAUAGGAAGGCAGUUCGUGCAGAAGCAGGCACCAUGUCCACCCCCACAAACCCAGAGGUGAAGGAACUGAACCCUGUCGACUUUAUCCAGCUACAGCAGUACAUUGAAUACUGCAGCUUGAAGGUGAAAGACGUGCUGAGGGAAUUUGAUGCAGAUGGCAGACUGGCCCGGCACAGACACGGAGAGUGCAUCAAUGAAGAAGGAUUUCGUCUGUUCCUGAAGACUUAUUUAGAAGUGGAGGAUUUCCCUGUGGAUCUCUGCCAGCGACUCUUCCGCUCCUUCCAAAACUCUGAACCCACCCAGGAAGACAGCGCCAAAGAAGUCUUCCUGAAGGAUGUUUCAUGUUACUUCUCCCUGCUGGAGGAUGGCCAGCCCCGGGAUAAACUGGAGUUUGCUUUCAAGCUCUACGACAGAGACGGCAACGGAGUCCUUGACAGCUCUGAAGUGGAUAGGAUUAUUGCUCAGAUGAUGCAUGCUGCAGAAUACCUCGGUUGGGAUGUGUCAGAGCUCAGGCCGGUACUGAAGGACAUGAUGACAGCGAUAGAUGCUGACAGCAGCGGCACAGUCUCUCUGGAGGAGUGGGUGGAGGGAGGCAUGAACAACGUUCCCUUACUGGUCUUGCUGGGUUUGAAGAUGACUCAGAAGGACGGGCAGCACCUCUGGAGGAUGAAACAUUUCAACAAGCCGGUUUACUGCAACGUGUGCCAUAGCAUGCUGCUGGGUCUGAGGAAGCAGGGCCUGUGCUGCACCUGCUGCAAAUACACAGUCCACGGACGAUGUGCCAACAGGAACCCUGCACCUUGCACCAAGACUUAUGUGAAGUCAAAGAAAGAAACAGGGGUUCCAGCACAUGACUGGGUGAGUGGGAACUGCGACUCUAGGAAGUGUGAUAAAUGCCAGAAGAAGAUCAAGAGCUACCAAGGCUUAACGGGCAAACACUGUGUGUGGUGCCAAAGUAUGCGUCACGAUGAAUGUGCGGAGCAAGAACCAACAGAGUGCACAUGUGGGCCGCUCAGAGACCAUAUCCUGCCUCCAUGGGCAAUAUAUCCUGUUAUAAAGGAGAGACCAAACAAUGUCAAGAACGGCUGCUCGGGCUCAACAGAUGACGAGCUCAAUACUACCCCUGAUGGACAAGUGCUUCAGAUCAGCCCUGUGUCAAACACCCAUCCUCUUUUAGUGUUUGUCAACCCUAAAAGUGGUGGCAAGCAGGGAGAAAGAGUCCUGCGUAAAUUUCAGUAUUUACUGAAUCCACGGCAGGUAUACAACCUUUCAAAUGGCGGCCCGGGACCAGGACUCAGUUUCUUCAAAAAUCUGCAGAAUUACAGGAUCUUGGUGUGCGGGGGAGACGGCACAGUUGGCUGGAUUCUCGAUGCGAUAGACAAAGCCAAUGUGCUGGUACGGCCACCUGUUGCUGUGCUUCCUCUGGGCACAGGAAAUGACCUCGCAAGAUGUCUUCGAUGGGGAGGAGGAUAUGACGGUGUGGAUCUGAGUCGUAUCCUUAAAGACAUCGAGGGGAGCUCUCAGGUGCUGAUGGACCGCUGGAGUGUGCAGGUCAUCACAGACGAGAAUGAGGAGAAGGGCGACCCAGUGCCGUAUGAAAUUAUCAACAACUACUUUUCUAUUGGAGUUGAUGCCUCCAUCGCUCACCGGUUUCACACGAUGAGGGAGAAAUAUCCCCAGAAAUUCAACAGCAGAAUGAAGAACAAGCUGUGGUAUUUUGAAUUUGCAACUUCAGAAACCAUCUCUGCUUCCUGCAAGAAACUGAGCGAAAGUCUAACAAUUGAGUGCUGCGGUACUCCGCUGGAUCUCAGUAGCCUUUCUCUAGAGGGGAUUGCUGUCCUAAAUAUUCCAAGCAUGCACGGUGGGUCCAACCUUUGGGGUGAGACCAAAAAAGGGGACACUAAGGGGCUGACGAGUCAGGAGGAGCCCGAGGUGAUCAUCGACCCAGAAAUCCUGAAAGUGACCUCCCAAGACUUCAGUGACCGUCGAUUAGAGGUGGUCGGCCUUGAAGGAGCCAUGGAGAUGGGACAGAUUUACACAGGCCUCAAGAGUGCCGUGAGGCUAGCGAAAACAUCACAGCUCACCAUCAGGACGAAGAAAGCGUUACCGAUGCAGAUAGAUGGAGAGCCGUGGAUGCAGCCUCCCUGCACGAUUCACAUCACACACAAGAAUCAGGCCAGCAUGUUGAUGGCUCCUCAGUCCAAAUCUUCUGGUUUCUUCAAAUGAAAACGACUGCACAUAAAGCAGCACUUGUUUAUUGUAUAUAGAAAACUGACACUUUUUUUAUAUAUUAAAUCAGUUUGAAUGCAUAUGUUGUAGAAUAAUUGCAUCGUAACAGUUAAAGUAAGGUUAAAAGCUUCAAGGCAUCCCUUUAACACAUAACCAACGCAUGGCAGUAUAUGAAAAACAAACUGUGUGGUAAUAUAAGACUCGUUCGCAUUACGGCAAAAAAAAUGAUUUUGACCAAAUUUACUCAGUGUUUCUAUCAAGUACUCACUUGCUGUUUCAAUGCUUCUGUAGAAACUUAAAGAUAGGUUAAACUAAAGUGAAUAUCAUGCUAUAAGGCGAAUUGUAAGCUUCAUGUGCCUUUUACAAUCUGCUCUUCAUGGUUCUGGCUUUGGUAGAAGACAUACAGAGCGCUGUGUAGACGUGCACUUUGGACAUAGUACCUGUGUUAUUGCUGUUUUUGUUGUGACUGUAAAGUUUUAGAAAUGCUGCAUUUUACUAAAUCUGUCCUUGUCAUUUUGUGUGAAGGAGAGAUGAGAGUGAAUCUCAGAUUGCAGCUGAAGAAAACAUACUUUUUUUUUCAUACAUUUCAGAGGAUACUUGAAAGUGUUUUGGGGAACAGUAACAGUAAAAUCAUUGCCAAAAGUGCUGCAUGUUAAAUAUCUGCAGCAGUCUAUGUAUUGAGCUGUUCCUGUGUAUGUAUGUAUGUGCGUGUGUGUGUGUGUGUGUGUGUAUGUGUGUGUGUGUGAGGGCAGAAAGACUCGGCUGUACUUUCUGUUUGGUGUAGAAAAGCUGAUGUGUUCACUUCUAACUUAUACAUUUGUGACGAGUUUGAUUAGAGAUUAUUGGUUCAGGCCUGUUUAAAUAUGUAUAACCCUUAUUUAAAAGCUCUAUUGGCCAUAUCAUAUCAAUAUAUCAGAAGGAUGUGAUGGUAACAUGCCUGAAAUAACACAAUGUUUAAGAUUUUAAUAAAUCAUCUGAA